GCGUUCUCUUUGCUCAUACAUCGAUCGGAAUAAUAUCCUUCCUUCCUUCCUUCCUUCCUUCCUUCUUGGUGUUUAAUUAAGUCGCAAGAUAUAUCAAUGGCUUCAGGAUCGACAUGGACAACCAAGCAAAACAAACUGUUCGAGAAUGCUCUGGCCAUAUAUGACAAAGACACCCCAGACCGCUGGCACAAUCUCGCCAUGGCAGUGGGCGGCAAAACCGUGGAGGAAGUCAAGAGGCAUUACGAGGCUCUUGUCGACGAUGUCAUGCAGAUUGAGACUGGCCAAGUGCCGUUGCCCAAUUACAGAAAGCUUGGAUCAGGAACCACCAAAGGUUACAAUUACAUGGAUGAAGAACAAAGGAUGAAGAAUCUGAGGCUCCAGUGAAGCUUGAAUACGAGAGCCAUAUAUAUAUAUAUAUAUAUAUAUACAAGAAGAAAGAAAGGAGUCCUCCACUCUGCAGCUAGCACUACAAUUCCAAGAAUAAGAUGUGAUUGAAUGUCUACUUUUACUUAAUUCUCAUAUUGGAUGGUGUAAAAUAUUUCCUUCCUUUACAUGUAUCAAGCAAAAGUCAUUUCAUGAGUGACUUUUACGUGUUCCUUAAGGUUCAAUAUAUAACUCAAUUAUAUCAUAA